GCACCUGAUGAAUCACGUGCAUUCACAAGACCCGGAUCCACAGUUAAGAGCAGAUCGAUUAACUCCUCGUGUCCGUUGAAAGCUAUAAAAGUUGAAAAUACCAUAGAAAAAAAAAAAAAAUAGAUUUUAAAUCGGACCCUGAAACGUAUACUUAAAUCAACAAACUCGUUAAACGAUUAAAAAAGAUAUUAAAUUCGAGUUCUUUAUCUAUAUUGUAAACAUAUAUGUGUAUAAUCACCGGCUAUAUGAAGAGAACUACGGCCGUUGUUACUUCGAAGACCAAUACUUUCAGGAGAGAAAUCCAGAAAUAAUCGAAGUGCAUUAACGUCACCAGAACGACAAAUUAUAAACGCAGGUAUCCAACCGUCUUUGUUCCUUCUCAAAGGAUCCGCCUUUGCUUCGAGUAAUAUCCUGAUGCACUUGCACGCCUCGCUACCAAUCUUCGUGCACGCUAACAUCAGAGGCGUCCAAUCGGCACGCUUCAAACAGUCGAUGGUUGCACCUAAAAUAAGGAAGAAAGGGUCAGUGGAAAAAAAAAACGAAAAAAAAAAAAAGAAAAACGAAACGUAAAAAAGGAAAAGAGGAAAAAAAUAAGAAAAACGAUAUCGCGAAAUAAAGAUUGAUCGUUAUCAGCGAAUAUUAGAGGAAUAAAUUCUAUAAUAUAUAUUCUGAGAUAUAUAAAAAUGAAAGGAGAAAGUUCAAGCACAGCUCGCUUUGGAAAGCACCUUUUUCUAUCAAGUAUCGGAGAACGUGGGUACGCGCAAAUUGCGCGGCUUCGUGCAGCGGCCUUUUCAUAUCCUUGUUAACGACGUUGACUUUAAAGUCGGGCCUUUCGAAAGCAUCGCACAAAUACUCGACAACGUUCAGAUGACCUUCGCGCGCUGCAACGUGCAUAGGAGUGUCACCGGAAACCGAAUGCCGAAAAAUCGUCCAAUCCUGUACAUCGUACUUUAAAUACACUAUCGCAAAAGGUACGACGAGCAUACUUAACGAGGCCGCAUCUUUCACACUUUUUCAAACCGUGAUUCUACAAACGGCACUCGUCUCUAUCGGUCUCGGAGAAGAAGAAGAAGAAGAAGAAGAAGAAUAAGAAGAAGUCAAAAAAGUAACGAAUCCGAUCCUUUUCCACGUAGUUCGCGAGAUUCUUAAGCGUACAAGUUCAAGGAUGUACAGUCCGAUAUGAACGUGUUGGAUGUGUCUUGAAGGUCAUCGAGUGUGCAAAUGCCAUGAUUACGCUUGUAGAAACGUAGAGACUAUCCAGGACGUUUUUCAUUGUUCCAUCAGCCAUAUCGAAACCGACCGAGUCUAAAGCAGAAGAAAAGUAUACGAGAAACGAGUAUCAAGAGGGAAGAGAGGGAAGUUGGUGGAAGUGGUAGAAGAGAAGAAGAAGAAGAAGAGGCCUUAGAAGAGAAGCGCAAACUGGCAAGAACAGAAGUAGGGAGGAAGAGAUAGAGUGAGAGAGAGAGAGAGAGAGAGAGAGAGAGAGAAAAAGAGAAAGACAGAGGCAGAGACAGAGAGAGCGAAAAAGAGAGAGAGGAGAGAGAGAGAGAGACAGUGAAAAGGAAGAGCCAGCAGCUACAGCUUCCUCGUAACAGCUUCUACGAAGCUUUGCUUCUAUUCUUGAGUUAACGUUUAGACGUUCGUAAAUCGGCAACUCGGAGGGGGUUUUACAUGCGUCAUCGUCGCACGGGUACAAAUCGCACGCGCCUCGACGUCCCGACGACAGUACACGUGCGCAACGACGUACUACGUCGGCCCUGCGCUGGUAAUACGGAACGUCUCGACUCUUCUUCAAGGACACGCGGUGAUAAAUGCGGUACUGCCGCGAAUGACGCCGACCGCGUUCUCCAAAAUGAUCGUCUUCUUCUGUCUCCUACUCCUUUGCAAAGGUCAACCCGUUGUUGAAGUACCUGGAGAAAAUGCAACGGUUAUGACAGAUGUUGAACAAAUUACGUUAGAAAAUAACGAGACAAGAGAUCAAUCGACGAACGAUACCCUCCGAGGAUCACCAACAACCGUGCACUUCCUUCAUGUGCCUAAACACACGGAAACGCAGCUUGGCUCGUCCGUUCUUUUGCCAUGCAGAACGACGAAUCCCGUUGCUGAAUGUCAAUGGUCCUGGCAGCCAUUACCGCCAGUUCAUCUGCCGCUUCCAGACAUCAGUGAGAGUCCAAAUGACUCCAUGUCAACUACAACGUCACCAACAUCGACAACGUCAACCCCAACGGCACAUUCAUUGCCAGUGAGACAAUUUCCAGCUUUUGGAAACAGCAGUAACGAUUGUUCCGUUCGAUUUUCGAGUAUGAAGCAUGAACAGACUGGAUACUGGACUUGUGCCGCAAGGAAUUCAACGAACGAUCCUUUCACCGCCACGGUACCCGCCAAGUUAACCAUCGUUAACGAUCAAGGAUCUCUCAUUACCUUCGUUAAGCACGAAGAAGCGAUAGAGGUUGUAGCAGGCUCCUUCGCACAAAUAAUGUGCAGAACAAAAUUACCUGUACGCGAGUGCCAAUGGUCUUGGCGAAGAUUGAACCAGUCCGAACCUUGGAAUUUAGAAGUAAAGAAAUUUCCAGCUUUUGGAAACGACAGCACCGAUUGCAGCAUCAAAUUCAAAAAUGUUCUAGCGGAACAGGAAGGCUAUUGGAGUUGUGGUGCACGUAUAGAUCCAAAUUCGUCAUUUGUACGAUCGAAUCCAGUUCGAUUUUUAAUAUCUGAAGUUGAAUUCGUACAGUUGUCUCGCGGCGUACAAGUAGCUGCCGGUGAAUCCGUACUUUUAAGGUGCUUGGUCAAUAAACCCGUAAUACGCUGCGAGUGGUCCUGGAGAGCAACGAACUCAAGUAAGGAACCUUUACUCGUAAAGACGUUCGCUCCAAAUAAAGAUGCCGAUCACGACUGCUCCGUACGAUUUAAAAACAUCCUUUACGAGGAAGAAGGUCUGUGGACUUGUGGAAUUCGAUUGUCACCUGACGGUAUACUUCAUGAAGCACCAUCAGCAACUGUGAGUCUUUUACCAUCGGCUAAAGUAAACUUAGUGGAAAUACCAACAGAUAUCACGGUACCUUUAGGUACCGAAGUUACCUUAAAAUGUAUCACUAGUAGCCGCGUAGAGAAAUGUGUCUGGAGUUGGAAACCACUUCAUGGAAACGAUCCUGAGAUCGUGCUUCGAGAAUUCCCAAGUAACGGUGAUCUUGGGAGGGAUUGUUCACUCGUUCUUUCACAUGUUCGUACCGAGGAACAAGGAUUGUGGAAUUGUCAGGUAUCCAUACCGUCACUUAAUACGAUGCUGUCUUCUCCAUUCGUCAAACUGUUAACAUUCGAACAGGACGAAGUGAAAUUUUCAGAGCUCUCACAGGACAUUCAAAUAUCAUCCGGUGGUACCAUACUUCUACGAUGUGUAACAUCAUUGCCAGUAGAACAAUGUCGAUGGUCCUUGACACCAGUGAAUUCUAAUACAACCGUAGUGGUGAAACAAUUCCCAGCAGCCGGAAGCGAGUCAAGGGAUUGCAGCGUCAGGUUGAGUCAUGCCCUGGCCGAGCAAGAAGGUCUUUGGACCUGCGGUGCCAGAAUACAUGGCCGUGAGAAUUAUACUGAUGCACCACCAGCGAAAUUAAGCCUUCUCGAGCCAGAACCUGUGAUAGUCACCCUUUGGGCAGCUCCCCAUCAAAUGGUCAAAUUGGCUUGUAAACUAGAACGAGUUCCUGUAGGAGCUCAAUGUCAUUGGAUACAUGCACCAAAUGUCUAUAUACAUCAAAACAUUACCAAUUCAGCAAAAAAAGACAGGCACAAUCUUGAAAUGAAUUAUUCUACUGGGAUAUGCACAAUAGAAUUCAAACCUAAUUAUUCAGACUUAGGACAGUGGACUUGUAAAUUUACAAGAGAUAACCAAAAUAUAGACAUAGAAUUGGGAAAUGCAACACUCAUCUUACUUAAUACACUUUCUGAUGAAAAACUUGGAUGGAUUGUUGGUGCUUUAACAGCUAUUAUUUUAUUUUUAAUAAUUAUUGUAGUAGUUGUAGUAGUUUGUAAAACUCGACUUUUUGUACGUCGAUCACCAGAAAUAUUAGAAACAAUGCCUGCUUCAAGAAAACAACAAAAUUUGCAAUGCACCAAUGACAGAAGAAUAGAACAUGGUAAUUGCAGUAAUAUUACUAAUAGUAAUAAUAUUUUACCAAACAGAAGUCCACAUUUGUACGAAAGAGUAGAAAAAUAUAAUGUUGUAACACCAAAAUUAUAUGAGAACUUUGGAUUGUAAAUUUGUGUGUCUACCAAAGACAAAUAUCAUUGCUUUUUCCUCAAACCUAUUACUACCUUACAUUAUUAAAAACAUUGUUAACUUGUAAGAGUAAGUUAGUCUGUAAGAGUAGGUAGAGUAUACUUGUAAACUGUUCUAAAAAUUACCAAAAUUUUGAAAAAUAUAUCUUAUAUAAAAUAUAAAAUUGUUUC